AAGACGAUCGGGAUCAUUGUUCCUCCUCCUGACAUGAAGAGCAUCGUCGACAAGACAGCUUCUUUCGUCGCCAAGAACGGUCCCCAGUUCGAGCAGAGGAUCUUGAACAAUGAGCGCAAUACCACCAAGUUUGCCUUCCUUCAGUCGACGUCUCCUUACUAUCCCUACUAUCAGAAGAAGCUCGCAGAAGCGCGAGAGUCCUCGGGCCCAGCCGCACCAGAAGUGGCUUCGUCGAAGCCGGAGGACAAUCAGGCGGAAGGUGCUGGAGACAAGAAGGAAGUUUCCGUGACCAUUGAGGCCAAGGCCACCAUAGAGAAGAAGCAGAAACGGCCUCUCAAGGAGCCUCCUCCUGAUGCUUACACCGUGAAACCUCCUGACGGUUUGACCAUCCCAAGUCUUGACCUUGACAUUAUCAAGCUCACGGCCCAGUACGUUGCGCUGAAUGGCCGCUCGUUCUUGAAUGGCCUGCUGACGCGAGAGAGCAGAAACCCGCAGUUUGACUUCUUGAAGGGGCAUCACUACUUGUUCUCUUACUUCACGGGGCUGGUGGAGGCCUACACCAAGGUCGUGAACCCGCCGGAGGGAAUCAUCGAGAAGCUGGAAAAGGACGCUGAAGACCAUGUGGACGUGCUUGAGCGAGCAUUCCAGAAGCUAGACUGGGAGGCCCACGUGGAGAAGCAGAGGCAGAUGACUGAAGACCAGGCGAAGAGAGAGCGAGAGAUCGCGGCGACAAUCGACUGGCAUGACUUCAAGGUGGUUGAAAUGAUUGAUUUCAAGGACAGCGAAGACGCCGACCUCCCCCCUCCUCUCUCCGAAUCCGAACUGAGGGCACUCCGCCUGCGGGCCCACACAGCAAUCGAGCCUGUGAAGGAGAAGGUGGUGGAGGAGCAGGCGGACAUGGAGAUGGAUGAAGGAGGAGACAUGGACAUGGAGGAAGACACCUCAGUUGCUCAACCUCCGCCAGAAGAGAAACCAGAACAAGAAAUCCUUCAACAAGACCUGGAUGGACCAAUGAAGAUCGUGAAGAACUACUCCAAGCCAGCGCCGUCUGCGGAUGGAGGAAAGGGCUCUUCUGCCUACAUGAUCUCUCCCAUCACAGGCCAACAAGUGCCGGUUGCACAAAUGGCGGAGCAUAUGCGUAUCGCCUUGUUGGAUCCCAAGUGGAAGGAGAAGAGUGGUAUCGUCAAGCCUGGAGAGAAGGAAGACACCCUCGCUGCUCACGUGGAGGUUGGGCAGAGUUUGGCAAAGAUGGCAGCUAAGCGUAAGGACAUCUUCGGAACAGACGAGGAG